GACCUGGAUUUUUAAAUACGAGAAGGUAACAAAAGGGCGAGUUGAAAAAAAUUGAUCAUUAAUAAAUUGAGCUUCCUCCCCAACCCUAGAACAAAAUCGAGUUUAGAGCUCUAGGCGAGGACUUUUCGGAAGCUCAAUCGUCGCGAUUCCAUAUAUACAGUCUCAAUUCUCAACUUCGACGGAGCUUUGACCCCUCGACACGGUAGAAAAAGAGUUCGAUUUUCAGGCCACCGGUGAACUGCUUCUGUUUUGUGAACUCGAUUUUUCAGUCUUGAAGUUUGCUGAAAAAGAGGAGGAAAAUUUUGGUGGAUGAGUUGUUGAAGAUGAUUUCUGACAUGGGUUUCGAGCCACUCGAUCAAUCUUCCGUUGCCCGGGAAACUGAAAAUCAAUCAAAUGAGAUUGGGAAGGUACUGAGCUCAGAUGUUGGGGCUGCUGAAACUGAUCAUAAUUGUAAUACUGCUAGUUUUCUGUCUCCUCUGGAUACCAAGGAUUGUGCUAACAAAAAUAUGUCGGGAUUUGAUGAUGAUUGGCUCAUUAACUCAAGAAGUCAAGAACAAACUGCUGAUAUUAGACUCGAUAAGCUUAAAUCUGGAAGCGUCUUUCCCAGUAUGAAAUGCAGUUCUAGUCCUGAAGCCGCUUCAUAUGGGAAGGACCAUGGAAAUUGUGACUUUCUGAAGUCUUCAUGCAAUGACGAGACAAUCAGUAUGGUGUCAGAUGUUGACGAAAGCAUGAUCAAACAAUCUCCUUCUUCUGUUAUUGCAGAUGAUGAUGCUUCUUCCAAUGGACCAUCGUCUGCUAACUUAUUCAGUGGCUGUAAUAUGGAUGAUGGCGGAAUUGAAAUUGUUUUCUAUGCUGAUUAUAUCAAUUAUCGUGGUGUACAUUAUGUGGAUUCUACGGUGACAUUUUCGAGAAGUUCUGUAAUAGUUAAAAGCAACACUAUCAAUGGGAAUACAGGGACUUUUCAUAUUCUGUUGGAAAUUGAGGAUAUCAUCAAAAUAGAGUCUCAGUGGUCAGCUCGUUAUGAGUUGGGCUUCACAAGUGUCCACUUCGUCUCAAACAGCGCAGUAGGAGACAAGACUGUUGACAAUACUUCAGGUCAGUUAAGUCUAUGCUGA